AUGAACUUCAGCAGUCAUGUCUUAGAUAAAUCAGUUCCUCAAUGGAAACAUCAAAAUUUAGAAUAUGAUAAAUUAAAGAAAGCCAUUAUGAGACAUACUCGGUUGGAAACAUUGGAUGCUAUGUUUAAAGAACAGUUCCAGAACAUUAACUUGUUUGUUUCUUUAAAAAUAAAGGAAAUUUCAACGAGAAUUAUGUCCGUGGAAGCUUCGAUACUACAACAAACAAUGCGGAAGGGACCUUCAAAUUUCAAGAUCGUAUUCUCUCAUGUGAAUGAUUGUAAUGAGGAAUUACAAAUGCUGUCACGUUAUCUUAUUGUGCAAAAAUUAGCUGUCAAGAAACUUUUGAGAAGAUUAAUAUCAUCCCAUGACGGUAGUGCGGUUGUAGAGGAAUGGGUCACUGAAUUGUACCAAAGUGAUGACUAUCAAAAUGGAUACCAAGGGGUUUCUUUUGCUAAACUUGAUUUGGAUCCAUACCUUAUCGAGAUAUCGUUGAUAGUUGAUGUCUUGAACGAUUUAAAGUUGAAAGUGACAACAAAUAAUAACAACGAUGUUUCUUCCACAUUGCUAACUUCAAAACAUAAUGAAACGUUGAACUUGCGAUCAAACGAAAACCCUCCUUCCAUUCAGAACAAUGGUGAGGAUAUUAUUAGGUCUGCUAUUGACUUUGAUACAAUAUUUAUGGAUAAAUGUUUGCCAUUACAUCGAUUAAUUGUAUCGAAUGAAAACAUUGAAGAGUUUAAAUUUAUGUUAUUAUCAAAUGAAUUUAGGAUUGUAGAUGAUCAAUUAAUCUCAACAUCUAAGGAUAUUAUUGUAUCGACGGAACAAAAUAGACCUAAUCUAAAUGUGAAGAAAUCAAUGGCAUCAAUACGAUCUUUUCAAACUUUUCAAUCAAGUACAAAACAGAGAAACAAUUCGGCCACAUCCACUAGCCAUGGCGGGUUACCAUCCUUAAGAUUAUCUCAAAAUAUGCUAUCCAUAUCAUUAUUAGAUUUAGAUCCCACGGGAGUUCCAAGAUUUAUGAAGGAUGACGCUUUUAAUCAAUCUCCGACAUUAUUGAUUCAUUUACAGGACACUAAUAUAUCACCAAACUGUAUAUUGAUGUGCCACAUGGGUGGCUUAAGAGAUCAUCUCGUGACAAAUAAUAUUCCUCUCGAGGUAAUAAACCAAGUGUUAUCACAGGACGUCAAAGGUUCUAUUCCACCUUCGAAUAGCAAUUUCAACCCAAUUGACAACAUGGCCUUGGAAUGGAUUAUGAAUCAAAAACUGAGACAUACUGGAAUGAAAAUAGAUAUAAAGAGAACUCGCCUAAUAUUUUCAACUGAAGAAUUUACAUAUUUGAUAUCCAUUGAUGAAAAAAUCUGCAUUACAUUUAAUGACGAAAAAUUCUACUUCCCACAUUCUAUAGUGGAAAUUAAACUAUUAAGCAAGAAAUCCCCCUCUAGCAUGCAUGCCAAUAAUAUAAAUAACCCAACCAAAAGUAUGAACGAAAAGUUACAACAUAUAUUUAGAGAAGUUUAUGAGAAGAAUAUUCAAUGUUUCUCUCUUGAUAGAAAUUGGACGCUUUGGAAGAUUUGCUAUUCUAUCUGCCAACUACCAAAUGUUAAUGAUAAUGAUUUGUUCAAGCUACUCCUUCAAUGUGAUUAUACAUUGCCUCCCAAUGAUUCACUUUCGACAGAGGAGUUUUUUGCUUUGGGGCAUGACGGAAUAUUGGAAUUAUGCUAUCCGCCCUUUCAAGAAGAAAUUAGAAAUAAAAGUCAGUCUCAAUCAACUCAUUCUAACUUUAAGCCACAUCCCUACAAUGAAAGUAAAGCAAACAAACAAAAAGAAAGGACCUUUAGAUACUGGAAUGAAUUUGAUGAUGACCAGGCCAGUAUUAAUAGAGAAAACCAACACUUCUAUCAGGAUGAGGAUGAAUCAAUAUGUAGUCAAGAAGAUCAUGGAUUGGUUACUUUCAAUAGACCAUUUAUAGAUUCCAUGUUUGACAAGUUCAAAAGUAUUAAAUCGAUGAUUAUCCCUAGAAAAAGAAAGCAAAGGAAAAAGAGACAACAAGAUGGUACUUCAAUAUAUGGGUCGACAUAUGUACUAGGCUCUCGAUCUACAUUAACACUUUCUCCGGGCUCAGAGUCUGAUUUGGAAGCUUUGCUUGAAUAUGACCCAUCAAAUGUUCAAGAGUCAGAGUCAAUUUACGAGUUUAAACAUGAUCAAGUCCUCACCGUGUUUUACUUGGCAUCACUUUUGAUUUCUUGUAUGACGUCAGGGCUCUGUCUUGGGAUCGUUCUUGCUCUCUUUAGAGAAAGUGAGAAUGAUGACGUGAUUGUCUUCGAUGGUAUUAAUUUCUUACUAGCCGUAAUUAUUGGAUCACUCUUGGUUUCUCUAAUCUUAAUAAUAGUGUCUUUGCUAUUGUUAUUUAGCCGGUUUACCUUGGCUCCGCUCUGGCAUUACAUCAGUUGUUUUGUAUUUUUCAUCAUGGUGACAUUCACUGUUUGUUAUGCUAUUGUGGAGAUAUUCUUUUGA